AUGUCUGCACCUACGUUGAAGUCCACUGAGCUGCUGACGCAGCAUCUGCAGUACCCCCCCAUUUCUCUGGUGGACGAUAUAAUAAACACUGUAAAUGACAUUAUGUAUAAAUGCACCGCCGCAAUGGAGAAAUAUCUAUUGAAGAAGUCACAAGUAGAAGGAUUGGACUAUUCGGAAGAGAUAAAAGUUGGAAUUGCUAAAUUGGAGUCUCUGCUGGAGUAUACGGUGGAUAAAAAUUUCGAUAAAUUGGAGUUAUAUGUACUCAGAAACGUCCUAAGAGUACCCGAAGAGUUAAUUGUUCAUGACGUAUUCAGAUUGAAACAUCAGAAUGAGUUAGAAGUUGUAGAUGACAAGCAAAUCAAAGACAGUGAAGUUGCACUCAAUGAAAAGAUAAAACUAAUUGAGGAAAAGAUUAAUCAGAAUCUGAUUUUGAAAGAUAAAAUUAAAAAGAUUAAAUCAACCAUUCAAAAAGUGCGUAAAUUUAAGAAAAUUGUCAUUGAAGGAUUGACCUUGAAAAAAUUCGAUGCAGAUAAGGAGUUAAUUAACCUUUUAAAACCAAUUGAUGAUACUUUGAGGUUGUUAAUUUCACAACUGAAAAAUUUGUACACUUUCAGUGAAGAAAAUUGUUCAAUUGAUGAAAUUAGAGAGAUAACAAAACCUGAAGUUGCUCAAUCAUCAAAUAUGAGAGUCGCAUACAUUGAUUCCAACGUCGAAAAAAUCUUCGAGACGUUGAAUCUAACUGGGAAUAAAAUACAGGGUACGAAAUACACGUCAAAUCCAAUUGUGAUAAAAGAUCCUGAUUUGUCAGUACUAAGGGAGUGA